GUGUCGAGUGGUUCCUCGCAGCCUCGCUCCCGCCCGCUUUGUGAGUGUGCCACGCUGGGACGCCACUCGCUGCGCUGCCAAGACCGCUAAAUGUUUACUCACUGCACGAAAACGUCUUGACACGCUUUGCCUUUGGGAGAGAUUAUUCGUCUUGAUGAUAAACAGGACAUAAUUGAUUUUAACGCAUAUGGAACGGAGGAAAACAUCGCCAUCGCUCAGACCGACAUCAACAAAGUCUUAACAGUGCACUAGUAAUUCAGACGCUGAAAGAGAAGGAGAAAGAGGCGAGAGGAAAUCCGAGGCCAGCAUGGCGUGCCACCAGAACCCGAACCUCGAGCUCUCCCUCACUAGGAGAGUCGUCAUCUUCAUGAUCGGCGUCAUCGAGUCCAUGCUCUUCGGCGGGGCUGUGUUCGGAUGGCCGCAGCUGGUGCACGUUCUCAAGGUCGAGGGCAUCUACAGCGACCUGUGUCAGGACCCCUCGUCCGCCCUCAACCACACCCGCCGCCAGCCCUCGGCCGCAGAUACGUUUAACAACACGCGCUGCAUAAACCUCAACACGACCUUUGAGAUUUCCGAUAGCAAAGCGAUCGGCGUGGAGAAAUGCGACCCUCAGGACGAGCGAUUCGCCCUCAUCUACACUGUGACGGUGUGCUGUUACAGUAUUCCUGGUAUCCUUGUGGGUUACCUGCUUCAUCAUGCCGGGCUGCGCGUCACUAGGGUAUCAGGAGGGACAAUGCUGUCGCUGGGCUUCCUCUUCCUGGGCAUCGCGACCAAGGAAUCCCCACACUGGCUCUUCCCCGCCAUGAUCCUCCUGGCACUCGGAGGCAACCAGACGCGUAUGAGUGUCAUGCAGUUUGGUGACCUCUUCCCAGACUACAGGGCCACCGCCAUCACCAUGCUGUCUGGCAUGUACGCCGCGUCUGCCGCUCUCUUUCUUGUCUUCCAGUAUACUGCGAUGGCUGGCAUUCCUCGAGCUCACGUGUGCUGGGCCCUGGCUGCCAUCAGCUCGCUCUCCAUCUUCCUCUCGUUCAUCAUUCCGGUCCAUCACAUCCCUGUCCACAAUCAACAAUCUCAAAACCAAGACGCCAUCGAGUCUCCAUCGCCUCUGAAAACGAGUCUCUGGUCCGCCUCUUCUUUCCUUCAUCAGCUAUGGUUCUUCGUGCAUCUUCUUGCAGUAAACAACUACCAACAGUCUUACAAUGUUUGGAUUACCAGUUCGUCAUGUAGUGUGACCGAAGCGGGACUAUAUUCAAUGUUAUUCAGCUACAGCAACCUCCUGACCGUGUUCUUUGGUCCUAUUGGGGGCGUCUUCACGGACUACAUGAUCAGGAAAGCAUAUAGAACCCCGAACGAGCUGGACCGCCGUGUGAAGGAAGUGCAGGCGUCCUUCUGGCCGCUCCUGGUCACGUCAGUGUUCAACACAGUCAUGUACGCCUGCCUGCUGUUCUUCCACCCGGCCGCCAUCUACGUCUCCCUCGUGUGCAUGUUGGUGGCCAGGCCUUGCAUCAUCGCCGUGUCCACGGCCUACCUCAGGAUCAGGUUCCCCGCCGGGCAUUUCAAUCGGCUGCUGGGCAUCUACGGCACCGUGGGUUCGGUUUUGCUCUUCUUGCAAUACCCCCACUUUAUGUGGGCGCAACAUAUGUAUUAUGCGGCGCACGCACUGAUACUGGCCGUGCUGGCUGUGAGCUACCUCAACCCCAUUCACCUGCUCUUCACUCCGCUCAUGAGACACGCCGUGGUUAUCAGAGACAAUUUGAAGCAGGAGGAUUUGCACCCCGUCAGGAACACUUACGCCGAUAAGGAAGUUGAUAGUUUAUAACGUGGAAGGAAAAGCGACCUUAUGAUCAACAAGAAGCGAUA